UUAUUAGUUUAAAUGGUAAUGAAAGUGAAGAUUAGGAUUAAAGUGGAUUACAGUUGCAGCAUUAGAAACUAGAAAGAGUGAUAGAAAGAGUGUUGAGUAGAGGAUGAAGUGUUCAGCAGUUAGCAGAAGCUACGGCGCCGGCGGUGGUUGUGUUCCCGGUGGCCGCGUAUCCCGGUGGUCCUCCUCCGUCCAGUCUCAAUCUUGUUGUUCAGUUUCGCUAUGGAGAACCAGAAAUCGGAAAUCUAUAAGCAUAACUGCUUCCUCGUCGUUGAAUGGGAAUGAUGAUAAUGGUUCUUCUUCUCCUUCUACUUCUCCUGUGAAGGUGCUUCGAGGAAUCCUUGAUUCCCCAGGGAUUAAGCAGUCUCCUGUUGUUUUCGAUGCUCUCAGUGCUAAGCUUGUUCAAUCUGCUGGUUUUCAAUUGUGCUUUACCGGUGGUUUCGCAAUAUCAGCUGCGAGAUUGGGUUUGCCAGAUACAGGUUUGAUAUCUUAUGGAGAAAUGGUGGAUCAGGGUCGACUCAUUACACAAGCUGUCUCUAUUCCUGUCCUUGCUGAUGCUGAUAAUGGAUAUGGAAAUGCUCUCAAUGUCAAGAGGACUGUUAAGGGUUUUAUUUCUGCUGGUUUUGCUGGAAUCAUGCUUGAAGAUCAGAUAUCUCCCAAAGCAUGUGGUCACACGCGAGGAAGGAAAGUGUCGUCUAGAGAAGAGGCAGUGAUGCGGAUUAAAGCUGCCAUUGAUGCCAGAAGAGAGUCUGGCUCUGAUAUUGUCAUUGUGGCGCGUACCGAUUCUCGGCAAGCUGUGUCAUUGGAUGAAGCACUCUUCAGGGCUAGGGCAUUUGCAGAUGCUGGAGCAGAUCUUAUUUUUGUAGACGCACUCACUUCAAAAGAAGAGAUGAAAGCUUUUUGUCAAGUUUCUCCCCUUGUUCCAAAACUGGCCAACAUGCUUGAAGGAGGAGGCAAAACACCAAUACUUAAUCCUCUGGAACUUGAAGAAAUUGGUUAUAAAGUUGUUGCUUAUCCACUUUCCUUGAUUGGGGUUUCUAUACAAGCAAUGCAGGAUGCACUCACUGCCAUUAAAGGAGGUCGUGUUCCUCCUCCAGGAAGCAUGCCAUCUUUUGAAGAAAUUAAGGAUAUCUUAGGUUUCAAUGCUUAUUAUGAAGAAGAGAAGCAUUAUGCUACAAGCACCAAUCAGCAGCUUUCAAUGAGAGAAAUUAGUUAUUUGUCAGAGGGCAGUAGCCUAUACAGUAUACAACAGGGAGAUCAAGUUGAUACAGAGCAGACAAGUCAAAGUCUCAAAGAUCCCAUUGUGGAAGUUAUAACACCUGAUGUGUACAAUGAAUAUGGUGCAGAUAGUUCAAGGGACCCUUUUUCUGGAAUCUGGUCUCGGACUCUCAGAAUAAAAAUAACGGGCAGAGAUGGAUUCGAGAAACUUGAUCUUAGGAUUCCUGCUGGAUUUCUCGACGGAAUCACAAACAUAGUUCCUGCUUUGGGUGGUGUAAACUUCAAAGAAUUGUUAGAUGAUGCAGCGGAGGAAGUUGGGGGAAAACUGUUGUUAGAUUUUAAUGACAGGAUGGGCGACAGGAUUCAAGUAUUUCUGGAGUGAUUCUAUGUUGCUUGAGUUUCUCAAGUCCAACGGAAUGGUUCAUAUUGAUGAUGAUAAGUGGAAGCUCGGAACAAAACCUCAUCAUGGCUGUUGGGAAGUCUGAAGCGAGGCGUGGUACAAUCAUGGUCCUUUUGCUCAUGUCAUCGGGAACUAGUCUUGGUGUAAAAUGUUACAUGGAUUUAUUAUCCAAGUACUGGUGAAAAAAAAAAGGUUACAAGUCACAUCUAUAGUCAUAAAUGGGAAAUUUCUUCAAACAACAUUUUAUAAUAUUGGUAAUUUGGCUCUUUUUCUCUCAACCCGUUUUUAUAUUUUCUUUGCUCCGUUAGGGAGAAAAAUUCCCACAUCCUAUAU